AUGGUCAACUUCACCGUCGAAGAGAUCCGGGGCCUCAUGGACCAGGCUGCCAAUAUCCGAAACAUGUCGGUUAUUGCGCACGUCGACCACGGAAAGUCCACCCUGACCGACUCGCUCGUCCAGCGCGCCGGCAUCAUCUCAUCCGCCAAGGCCGGCGAACAGCGUUUCACCGACACACGCCCGGAUGAGCAGGAGCGCGGCGUGACCAUUAAGUCUACCGCCAUCUCUCUAUACGCCAGUCUCACGGAUCCCGAGGAUAUGAAGGAUAUCCCGCUUAAGGUCGAAAAGAACGAUUUCUUGAUCAACUUGAUCGACUCUCCGGGCCACGUUGACUUCUCUUCCGAAGUCACAGCCGCUCUGCGUGUCACUGACGGUGCCCUCGUCGUCGUUGACACUGUUGAGGGUGUGUGCGUGCAGACCGAGACUGUGCUUCGGCAGGCUCUUGGUGAGCGUAUCAAGCCCGUGGUGAUCAUCAACAAAGUCGACCGUGCCCUUUUGGAACUGCAGGUAUCCAAGGAGGAUCUGUACCAGAACUUCUCCCGUGUCAUCGAGUCAGUCAACGUCGUUAUCGCUACCUACUACGACAAGGUCUUGGGUGAUGUCCAGGUCUACCCAGACAAGGGCACUAUUGCGUUCGGUUCCGGUCUGCACGGAUGGGCCUUCACGGUCCGCCAAUUCGCCUCUAGGUACGCCAAGAAGUUCGGCGUAGACAAGAACAAGAUGAUGUCGCGUCUAUGGGGCGACAACUUUUUCAACCCGAAGACCAAGAAGUGGACCAAGACUGCUGAGGGUGGCGGUGAGCGUGCCUUCAACCAGUUCGUUCUUGACCCCAUCUUCAGGAUAUUUGGCGCAGUCAUGAACUUCAAGAAGGAUGAGAUCCCGAAGCUCCUUGAGAAGCUGGAGAUCAAGCUUACCAAUGACGAGAAGGAUCUGGAGGGCAAGCAACUGCUCAAGGCUAUCAUGAGGAAGUUCCUCCCCGCUGCCGAUGCUCUUCUGGAGAUGAUGAUUCUCCAUCUCCCUUCCCCUGUCACUGCGCAGAAGUACCGCAUGGAGACUCUCUACGAGGGCCCACAUGAUGAUGAGAACGCCAUUGGUAUCAGGGACUGCGAUCCUAAGGGUCCCCUCAUGUUGUACGUCUCCAAGAUGGUUCCGACUUCCGACAAGGGUCGUUUCUAUGCUUUCGGCCGUGUCUUCUCCGGCACUGUCCGAUCAGGCCUCAAGGUCCGCAUUCAGGGCCCCAACUACACCCCGGGCAAGAAGGAGGAUCUGUUCGUCAAGGCUGUCCAGAGGACGAUUCUCAUGAUGGGUCGUUACGUUGAGCCGAUUGAGGAUGUGCCAGCCGGUAACAUUCUUGGUUUGGUCGGUAUUGAUCAGUUCUUGCUCAAAUCUGGUACUCUGACCACGAGCGAGACCGCCCACAAUCUCAAGGUCAUGAAGUUCUCCGUCUCCCCUGUUGUCCAACGCUCCGUAGAGGUCAAGAAUGCCAACGAUCUGCCGAAGUUGGUCGAAGGUCUCAAGCGUCUGUCAAAGUCCGAUCCUUGCGUGUUGACCUUCAUCUCCGACUCUGGCGAGCACGUCGUUGCUGGCGCUGGCGAGCUUCACUUGGAAAUCUGCCUGAAGGAUCUGGAGGAGGACCACGCUGGUGUACCCCUCCGCUUCUCGGAUCCCGUCGUCCAGUACCGUGAGACAGUCGGUGCCAAGUCAAGCAUUACCGCGCUGUCGAAGUCACCCAACAAGCACAACCGUCUCUACAUGAUCGCUGAGCCGCUUGCCGAGGAGGUCUGCAAGGAGAUUGAGCAGGGCAAGAUUGGGCCGCGCGACGACUUCAAGGUCCGCGCCCGUAUCUUGGCCGACGAAUACGGCUGGGACGUCACCGAUGCGCGGAAGAUUUGGUGUUUCGGUCCAGACACCAACGGUGCCAACUUGCUCGUCGAUCAGACCAAGGCUGUCCAGUACCUGAACGAAAUCAAGGACUCCGUUGUCUCUGGUUUCCAGUGGGCGACCAAGGAGGGCCCAGUUGCUGAGGAGCCCAUGAGGGCCAUCCGCUUCAACGUCAUGGACGUUACCCUUCACGCCGAUGCCAUCCAUCGUGGCGGUGGGCAGAUCAUCCCAACGUCCCGUCGUGUGCUGUACGCUGCGGCACUGCUUGCCGAGCCGGGUCUUCUCGAGCCCGUCUUCUUGGUCGAGAUCCAGGUGCCCGAGCAGGCCAUGGGCGGUAUCUACGGCGUGCUUACACGACGGAGAGGUCACGUCUUCGAGGAGGCUCAGCGUCCCGGUACCCCUCUGUUCAAUAUCAAGGCCUACCUCCCCGUCAAUGAGUCCUUCGGUUUCAACGCCGAUCUUCGCUCAAACACGUCCGGCCAGGCCUUCCCACAGUCAGUGUUCGACCACUGGCAGCUACUACCCGGUGGCUCGCCGCUCGACCCGAGCACCAUGCCCGGCAAGGUCGUGCACGACAUGCGCAAGAGGAAAGGUAUCAAGCCUGAGGUCCCGGGUGUUGAGAAUUACUAUGACAAGCUAUAA